AUGCAUUCAGCAAGAAUCGCAUCCCGAGGUCUUCGUGCCUUCAGCACAGCACUUCCGCGGACAGCUCUCCCACAGACUGCAUGCCGACCACUGCCACAGCUGCUGAACCUUACCUCUCAGAGAACCACUGCUCUUUCUUCAACGCCGCAAAGGCUCCUGGCCCCCUACCUGGCCUUACGAAAUAAUUCCAGCGCAUCAACGUCUCGCCCCGGCCUCACCGACCGAACUCCCGAUCCCACCACCGACGCCGCGCACGAGGAACAGAACAAACAACGUCGCGAGCAAGAACCCACAUACCAAAUUACCUUUACCUGCAAGCCAUGCGGCAACCGAUCUUCCCACCGGAUGUCGAAACACGGUUAUCACAAGGGCACGGUUGUCAUCCGCUGUCCUUCCUGCCACAAUCGUCAUGUUAUCAGCGAUCAUCUCAACAUCUUCUUUGACAAGAAGAGCACGCUCGAGGAUAUCCUCCAGCGCGAGGGAAAGAAGCUGACGCGCGGCUAUGUAGAUGGAGACAUGGAGUUCUGGGAAGAUGGAACGGUGAAGAAGCGCGAGGGUUCAGAUGCGGACACUACCGCGGAGACAAAGUCGAAUCAAGGACUACCUUGA